GGAAGAGGAAGAAGAAGAAGAAGGGAAAAAAAAGCCUGCUUUCUACAGCUGUCUGUCGUCUUUUGGGAGAAUGGGUCGUGGUGAGGAGCUCAGUGACUUUAUGCGUGGCAGAAUUGUUGGAUGUCACCAAUGUAAAGUGUCAGUGCGUGAAAUUUCCGCCAUAUUAAACCUGCCUCGUUCCACGGUGAGCGCUGUGAUUUUGAAGUGGAAACGUAAAGGAAUAACGACGGCUCUUCCCCGGAGCGGCCGACCACACAAGCUCAAAGAGGAGCACCGCCAAGUGCUGGAGAGGGUAGCGUUGGAGAAGUGUUUGCCCUCGGUAGAAGCUCUCACCACCGAGUUUCAGACCGCCUCUGGAGCCACUGUUAGCUCCAGGACUAUCCGCCGGGAGCUCCACGAGAUGGGCUUCCGUGGCCGAGUGUCCACAUACAGCAAGACUAAAGGAGGGAAAGCUGUAGAAACGAAGCGGGCAGCCCUCAGCCCAGGGGAUGCCAAGGUGGAUGUGUCUCGUCUGGACCUGCGUGUCGGAUGUAUAAUCACAGCUCAGCAGCUUCCAGACACAGAUGAUCUGUACAUGGAGCAGGUUGAUGUGGGAGAGGCGUUGCCCAGGAGAGUGGUCAGCAAACUGGCUAAGCACAUACCUGUGGAUCAGAUGCAGAAUCGUAUGGUAGUCCUGCUAUGUAACCUGAAGCCAGUCAAGAUUAGGGGAGUGCUUUCCCAGGCUAUGGUCAUGUGUGCCAGCUCGCCAGACAAGGUCGAAAUCCUUGAUGCCCCAAUUGGAGCAGUACCAGGGGACAGGGUUACUUUCCAGGGAUUCCCAGGUGAGCCAGACAAAGAGUUGAACCCCAAAAAGAAAGUGUGGGAGCAGAUUCAGCCAGACCUACGCACAGAUAGCCAGUGUGUUGCAGCAUACAAGGGGGCUGCUUUUGAAGUCCCUGGCAAGGGAGUGUGCAAAGCCCAAACCAUGAGCAACAGUGAAAUCAAAUAAACUGAGCUGCUUGAAGUAGUUCAUCACAAAUCUCUGCAGCCAAACUACUGCAGGAAAACUUUCCAGAAGAGUGGAAGAUGUAGCGACAUAUUAUUCCCUAUGGUUUUAGAAGGAUAUGUGUAACAAUCACUUUAAUGUUAUGUUUGAAUGUCCUGCUUUAAGUAAAAGCCAGGGAACUUGAUAGUGCAGAAUAUGCCGCCCUCUGUUGGAGAAACUUGAACAUUUCUUUUACAGUUUUUAUCAUGAAAAUCUGUAGUUUUCUGUUUAGUCAAAGGAGGGCGCUGCAGGAGCGAUGACAGUGUACAGUGUGUGCAGUGUUUUGGUGAGGUGAGACAUGACAUGUAAUGAGACAUACACAGUCAUAUCCAGCAUGGUCAAAAAACCCUUUUGUGUGAGUUUCCCAUGAUGCUACAGUGAACACGGGUUCAUCCACAACAAUGCGGACGUUCCAUGGGAAAGGGAAGACUCAAAGUAAUAGUUUUACUUUUCUUUUAAUGAAUGAAAUUAGAUAAGGACUUGAUCCAAGGUCAGUUGAUUGACCUGCUGUGGCAGUUUUCUGUUUCUUCUAUAAUCAGAUGCUGGCGACAUGUUUGUGUGUCAGCAUACAUAGUUAUUACAAAUAUGUAUCCUACUUGACAGCCAGGCAAUGUUCUCUUCAAUGAUCAUGGUAUUGUUUAAUGGUAGUUUCCCAGGAUUCCCAAGAAAUAGAAAGCUAGCGGUUCUCAGUGAUUGAUACUGUACAUUUCUUGUUUAAAAGAAAUCCUCUUUGUUUUUUCCCCUUGGGAUGAGAGUGAAAGACAAGUCCAUAACACAGUUCUUCUUUAUGUUAAAGGAAGAACUGAAAGACUGCACGCAAAGAGGGUUGUGAUUCAGGAACUAAGAAGUGGAACAGAUUGUCAGAGACUUUGUGUUGUUAAAUGUUUGACACAACGAGAAAGCUGAAAGGGAGUGGUAUCACCAUUUUUGUUUACGGUGAAUACCUUUCAUAACCGUGGCAGAAACCUCUCUCCUACACACCUGAUGAAAAUCUAGGUUCACAUUUCUCAUUAAAGGGAGGAAACGUUACUGUGGCUGUGUAGUGGCUAUACACAGCCUUGAUCAUGUUGUCCUAUUGGUCAUUAUGUAUUCCACUGAACAGAACUGUUUUGCUUCAGAGUAGUUUAAAUAAACUGUAGUUUAAGAAAAUGCGUACAGAAGCACUACAAUGGCAGACCAAGAUGUUUUCCAUUUCAUAUUAUGUUGUGUUGACAUUAAUAAAACCACUUGAAUAUCAAAA